UCCCUAGCUAUAUGAUCGAACCAAAAACCGAUUCCUCGGGUUCAUAGUUUUCGAAAUCUUGAUCCGGGUUUUGAGCUUACAUACAUACAUUCUUUUGCAGUGUGAUGGCUUCAAACUCUAUGAGCUCCUACCGCAGCUCGAGCUCGUCUUGGACCGCCAAGCAGAACAAACUGUUCGAAAGGGCUCUGGCUAUAUACGACAAGGACACGCCCGACCGUUGGCAGAACGUUGCCAAAGCGGUGGGAGGAAAAUCGGCUGAGGAGGUGAAGCGACACUACGAGCUUCUCAUUAGGGACGUCAAUGACAUUGAGUCGGGACGCUAUCCGCAUCCAAACUACCGUACAAGCGGUAAUAAUUAGAAACUGAAGGUUCCUCUGUAUAACCAGCACGGUUUCCCCAAGAACCAAACAGGGAGGAACGUAAACUGAUUCCAAAACUGUAUUGUAUUGUCUGCCCAUGUUUUUUUCUUUGUUUCUGUAUGGCUUUCCACUAUGUAAGAACUCCCCCCCCCCCCAUACCGCCGCUAAG